AGGUCAGAGUAUUAAAGAAAUCACAACCAGUGAUAUUAGGCUUGCAUUUUCUUUCUUUUUUUUCUGCUCAGAUAUGAUAACUUUUCUAUACAUUUUUUUUUCGAUUCUAAUAUUGGUUUUAUUUGUUCUCGGAAAUUUUGCCAAUGGCUUCAUAGCAUUGGUAAAUUUCAUUGACUGGGUGAAGAGAAAAAAGAUCUCCUCAGCUGACCAAAUUCUCACUGCUCUGGCGGUCUCCAGAAUUGGUUUGCUCUGGGCAUUAUUAUUAAAUUGGUAUUUAACUGUGUUGAAUCCAGCUUUUUAUAGUGUAGAAUUAAGAAUUACUUCUUAUAAUGCCUGGGUUGUAACCAACCAUUUCAGCAUGUGGCUUGCUGCUAGCCUCAGCAUAUUUUAUUUGCUCAAGAUUGCCAAUUUCUCCAACCUUAUUUUUCUUCAUUUAAAGAGGAGAGUUAGGAGUGUCAUUCUAGUGAUACUGUUGGGGACUUUGAUAUUUUUGGUUUGUCAUCUUCUUGUGGCAAACAUGGAUGAGAGUAUGUGGGCAGAAGAAUAUGAAGGAAACAUGACUGGGAAGAUGAAAUUGAGGAAUACAGUACAUCUUUCAUAUUUGACUGUAACUACCCUAUGGAGCUUCAUACCCUUUACUCUGUCCCUGAUAUCUUUUCUGAUGCUAAUCUGUUCUCUGUGUAAACAUCUCAAGAAGAUGCAGCUCCAUGGAGAAGGAUCUCAAGAUCUCAGCACCAAGGUCCACAUAAAAGCUUUGCAAACUCUGAUCUCCUUCCUCUUGUUAUGUGCCAUUUUCUUUCUAUUCCUAAUCAUUUCGGUUUGGAUUCCUAGGAGGCUGCAGAAUGACCCAGUUGUCAUGGUUAGCAAGGCUGUUGGAAACAUAUAUCUUGCAUUCGACUCAUUCAUCCUAAUUUGGAGAACCAAGAAGCUAAAACACACCUUUCUUUUGAUUUUGUGUCAGAUUAGGUGCUGAGUAAAAGACCUGAAACUCUCAACUCUCUAGAUUCACAAGUGGGACAUUGUGUGUGUAUUCUAGGAGAAAACAAACUGAUAGUGUCUGGAACAUUUUAUACUUUUUACUGUUUUUUCUGUAGUGUAUGUUUUUGAGUAAUUUCUGAAAGUAUACGUAGAAAAGUCUUUUACCUAAAGUUAGUCUAAAAGUGUAUCUAUGUGUGUGCAUGUGUAUAUGAAAGACUUAAAAGACAUUGACAAUAACAUAAUGUUAAUCAUAUUUUCACAAGAUGCCAAAUUAUAGAAAAUAUGGUAAGAAGUUUUUCAGAAUCAUGAACCCAUGUGUAUUUCACAUAUACAUUUCAUAUUAUCAUGUUUCACUUGAAAAAUGUAUGAUCUUUACUUACAAUUGUUAAGAACUGACACAUUAUCUCAAAACCUUUGCUCUUUUCCACUGAUUUUUACCACACAUAUGUACCACAGUGUGCUUAAACAUCGAAAUUUUUUGAUAGUAAGCACACUCAAUUCUAAAUCAAUAAUGAGGUUUCAUCUUUGGGGUAGUUUUUAUUUCAUCAUGAAUUCUAAUUUUAUGUUUAGUUUAUAGCCAACAUAAUUAUUGUCAGAAAAAGAUGCGCAGAAUAAUAUUCAAGGAUGACAAAUAUAUUUAGAACACAUUUUGUAUAUGUCUACCAUAAACAGUACUGAGGAAUAAUAGACUUAAUACAAAUAUGUGAACAUUUGAGAAAAAAGUCAUUUCUAUAAUAAGGAUGAAGAAAGAAACACCAUGAUGACUUAUGUUGUCAUAAGUCUCAACAUGCAGUUAGAAAAGUCAUUUCUUCCAGUUUUUGAGUUAAAGAAAACCUUUUUUGAAGUUGAGAUCUGAUGUCAAGUAUUUCAGGGUUUUUUUUCUAAACCACCUCAGAGUCCCUGAAUUGCCAAUUAUCUCCUCUAUCUUCCAUACUUGAAAUUCUUUUUAAACUUCACAUAAAAGAACUUGAGUCUUCCCUACCUUAGAAAAAUACUCUAUGUAAAAAUAGUAUAGAAAUUAUAAAAAUCAUUCGAAUUAAACUUUUUGCAAAUGUUAAAAUGGCAUCUAUGAAAUCUAUGUAUUAAUGAUAGAAAACAUCUAAAAUAUAUGUUGUAUUAUAAUCUAGUUGCAAAUAAUACAAUGAGACAGUGUGUUGAUAUAUUCAGUAAUAGCAAGUUCUAUUAUAGGAAGAAAAUGUAUAACAUCAUUAAACAAUUAAAUUCUAUAAACUGUAUUAAUUCUUGGAGUUAUGAAAUUUUAACAAUGUUAUCUAAACCUUGGGAUAAAUCAUCUCUACAUCUGAUUUAGUUAUUUGUUUCUUUAUCAUAUAUCUUUGCUGGUACAAUGUAAGCACCAUAAAAGCAGAGAUCAUAUAGAUCUUGCUUACUGUUGACUCCCAGGGCCUAAAAGACAACACAUAGAAUAGGUAUUUAAGAAUAUUUUGAUGAACAAGUAAAUUGGUGAAUAAAGCAGUAAACUAACUAUAUGGGAGUGGCAAACCAAUGAAAAUGAAACUUCAUCACAAAAUCCAAAGUUGCAUAAAUUUUUAUUUUCUGGUUUCAACUUGAGGUUACAGAAUUAUCUAAGAAGAAGUAUUUCUCAGAGCAAAAGUAUGGCCAUUAUACAAUUGUAGGGGAAAUACCACUAUAAGAUAGCCCUGAUGAAGCCAUAUUCGAUGUGUGAUGGGAAGAUAAUGUGGAACAUCAAAAUCAGCUUGUACCUAUUGUGAUACAUUUUAAAAAGCACAUCAAUAUAAAAGAUUUUGGUAUCUUUGCAUACAGUUUUUCAGUUGUGAAUGAUAUAUUUGUAUUGUGAUAUUUCCAGCUGGUUAGUAUAUAAACAAAAAUGGCAUUUCAUUAAAAAAAACUGAGUUAGUUACCAACUACCUUACUAAAAUGUGACUUUUAUGGAAUAUUUUAAAACCCUUUCUAAAUGAACAUUUAAAUUGCCAUAUUACAAACCCACAGAAAAAUGCAUAAAUAACAAUUAUAACACUAAACGAGUAUCUUAGCCUUGGAUGUCUAGAACUAGAGCCAAUGUCUGAUGUUAAAGUUAUAACAUUUAUUUGGAAGAUAAGUCCAGGGCAGCAAUGGCCGGGACAUGUGGAAAUUGAGGCAAAGCAGAUGUGAAACCAUGUGUUGUGAUGUAUGAUAUGACUCUGCUGAUGACCACUUCACAAUGAGGUGAGAGAGACAGCAUGGUGGUCAUCACAUGCGUGCACUUGACUCCCAGUACUUUUCCAGAAGGGCUGCAAGGGGAAACCACAGCCGGCAUUAGUCCACAGAAGAGGAAGAGAAGAGAAAAUGUAUCUGCUCAGCUGUCUUCUGUCUUCUAUUUCCCAUUGGCCAGGGUUUCCCUGAGGCAGAACUACCAUCUCUGCUGUUCUGCUUUCCAUCAUCCAGUCCCUUGGUGGUAGUUAUGAAAGCCAAACCUCAUGCCCCCAGUGUGGUGUUCCAUUCAAGUCCCAAAUGGAAGGAUGAUCUGGAUCAAGCAAGGUGCUGACCAAGAAAAGAGAACACAGUCAAGAUAAUCUGAGGAUGGAUAUGUUUGUGGGCAAUACCGUCCACUCCUUGUGCAACUCAGAUUGGCUCAUGCCUUCCAAUCAUGGCUGGCUUUAUAGGCAUAUGACUUCACAGUUGCACAGGGUCUUGUGCUUAGAAGCGCUUAUGCUUAGAGGGGCUUUAUGCUUGGAUUAAUCUUCUGCACUUGCUGUUUUGUUUUUCAGACAGAAGGUACUCCUCUGCUGGAGAAGGAAUAGUCUUCCACUAAUUCGCUAGGAGUUUGCUCUCCCCACUCCUAUGGGCUUGUGAGAGGCAUGCACAGAGUCCUAUAAUGCCCACUAUGCAUGCCUGUAGCAACUUUGAAUUCUGUUACAUCAUCUGGCACAAUGGCCAAGCAACUUGGGCCAGACUCUAUAUCUGCUAUAGAGCCCGUUUUUGUUUCGGGUUUGACUUGAGACAAGUAGCCUUUGCAAACUCCUUUAGUGAGUCAGAGAAAUAUCCUUAAAUGUGGUAUAUUUUGAAUUCAAAACCCCAAUAGGCCCCCAUAAAACUGUAUUUCCCUUUUAGUGAUAGGAAAUAUAUAUAUAUAGGGCAACAUGCCAUUUACUUUAAAAAGGAUGUUUUGACAAAAGGACCAGAAGCACUGGACCCCUAUAAACUUCAUCUAUGUUAUAGGUCUUUGAAUCUGCUGAAGUUUAUGUCUCUUCUUCCAGUAUUUUACUUCUGUUCAAUGUUAUAGUAUUUUACUAUACUUAAGGAACUUGCCAGUUCCUGCUUAUGGGUACCAGUUUAUGUAAUAUUAUUAAUAUAUUGAAUUAACAUGAUGUUUUGCAAAAUGUCAAUUAAACUGAAAGCAGAAGUGACAGCCCUGACAGAAAACAGUGAAGCAGUGUUCUUGUUUUUACCACACCAAAGCAAAUUGUUUUGAUUUUCCUCCACAAUGUGUGUAGAUGAAAAAGCAUUAGCUAAAUCAAAAGCCGCAUACAAAGUGCUGGAAACCACAUUCUGCUCAGUGAAGAUACCACAUCCUAGAGCGAAUGUGCAAGUGUGACUUAAGUUUAUGCUAAUGUGCAUUCAUCCUAUAAUCCAUCUGGUUUUGACAGAGGCCAGUUAGGUUAACUGAAUAAAGAUAUAAAAUGGACGACCGCCCCCUGGAACUUUUGAGGUUUUUGUUGUGGCAGCGACCAAUUCUAUUUCCUGGAGAAUGCAGUUAUUAUGUUUUAUUCAUUUUAUUGCCAGGAAAGUAGAAUUUCAGAAGCCUCCCCUUGGUCCUGCUUACAAUAAUGUCCCUUGGUAUACAGGUCAGGAAGCAAUGUAAGAGUCCUGACAGCUGUUGAACCUGUCAACUUCAAUUACACUUUCAGGAAGGGGUAACUACGAUAAACUCAUUAGAUCCCCUUUGGGUUGGACAUGGGCCAAAGCUCUAUGUACCAUCUGAUCUUCAAAAACUCAUACUCCAGUCCUAUUGAGGCAGCUCAUACCUGUAAUCCUAAUAAUUUAGGAGGCCUAAGUGGGAGGAUCACUUUAGGCUGAGAGUUUCAGAUCAGCCUUGGCAACAUAGUAAGAAUCUGUAAAAAGAAAAAAAAAUUAGUUGUUUGUGAUAGUGUGUGCCUGUAGUUACAGCUACCCAGAAGACUCAGGCAGGAGGAUUGCUUUAGCCCAGGAAUUGGAGUUUGCAGUGAGCUAUGAUCGUGUCAUUUCACUCCAGCCUGGGCAAUCAAGCAAGAACUUGUCUCUAAAAAGAAACAAACAAAAACAACAAACAAAAGCCCAAAAAGGGCCUGGUGCGGUGGCUCACGCCUGUAAUCCCAGCACUUUGGGUGGCUGAGUGGUUGGAUCACUUGAGGUCAGGAGUUCGAGAUCAGCCUGGCCAACAUGGUGAAACCCCACCUCUACUAAAAAUACAAAAAUUAGCCAGGUGUGGUGGUGUUGCACCUGUAAUCCAAGCCACUUGGGAGGCUGAGGCAUGAGAAUCACUUGAACCCGGGAGGCAGAGGUUGCAGUGAGCUGAGAUCACACCACAGAACUCCAGCCUGGGCGACAGAGCGAGUCUCCACCUCAAAAAAAAAAAAGAAAAAAAAAAUCCAGAAGUAAAAAUUUUCCACCAUAUCCCAUGGACCACUGUGUCUUUUGGGGUACCCAGAUAUUAGUGUUAGUUCAGGCUCCAAACUUAAAAGUCUCAGAUAAUAUGGACGUGUGUUCUGUUCUCUGAGGACUGUUUUCUGGGGAAUAGCUACAGGUCUUUGAGAAAGCAACAUAUGAUACAUCCUGAGUGUUCUUGCAGUGCAUUUUCAAUGUCCAUCAUCAAGAGGACUUAAGAUUCCCUUCAAUCAUUGAAUUCUGCUUCUCUGAAUUGGCUCAGUCCUGAGAACUGGCUGAGGGUUUUCGAUUUUCAAUGUUAAAGGCUGACCUCAGGAAUCAGCUUUUUCAACUCUUUCCCCCUCUUGGUUUAUAAUUAUUUAGCAAAGUAUGAAACCUCUUCAACUAUUGGCCUAUCAACCCAUUUCAAUAAGGCUGUUGUCACCACUUCAUUGAAUCUGACAUUUGGAAGAUCACCAGUGAGUCUGUGUUGCCAAUGGUCGGUCUUUGUGUUGCCAAUGGUCGGUCUUCGUGUUGCAUGCUCUGUGAGCAGUACUGAAUAUAGUUUAUUUGCAUUCCAGGAUGCUGCCCUCUCCUGAUUUUUUCCUUAUUCACUGGGCACCACUUCUCAGUCUCCUUUGCUAGUUCUGUCUUGUCUCUAAAUUGAAAAUAUCACACUGCCCAAGGUCUCAGUUCUUCAACCUUUAAUCAAUCGGGCUUGUUUUGUUGGUGAUCUCAUGGAGUCUCCUUACUGAUAAUGUAGCCAAAUGGUUCAAUAGAGAGGAAUAAGGCUGAUUAUUCAUAUGUAUUUAUUAUUAUUUACGUACAUCUAUUUACAUAUUUCUCAUUAUAUAAAGCUUUUUUCUUCAAAUGUCAGUUACAUUUAAAAGUAACAUGACCAAAAAUCUAGGGAGAAUGUGGGAGGAUCCAUAAUGUUUUCACUUGAGUUUCUGCCUAUUCAGAGUGAUAGUGACUCAGUAUCUAAUUUAGUUUUAUUUAAAAUAGCAAUGUAAAUAUUGAUAGAUUGAUAGGCAGGGGAUAAUCAUUAUGGACAUAAUGAUCUAAGUGAAGAAAUACAUAGUUAGAAUUAUGAUUGAUUAACCCAUUUUUUAUUUCUUGCAUUUGGUACAGUCAGUGUCUCAGUAUGGCAGUAAUCAUAGUUCUUAAGUUUUUGCUCCAUGAUCAAUGAAUUAUGAGUUAAUUUUUGUGUGUGGUAUAAAAUAAGGGUCUAAAUUUAUGUUUUUUCUUUCUCUUUUGGCUCUUACUUUUUAGGUAAGUUCAUCUGGUCAUGGCCUUACUUUCUGUGUGCUGAUGAUGUGAACAUUUAAUCCUUCAGCUCAGAACCCAACCCUGGUUUCCAGAAUCCUUUCUCUAAUAGCAUAUUUGACAUCUUCAUUUGGAUGUCUGACAAGAACUUAGAACUAAGUUGUCUAAACCAAAUUACUCAUCUUUCCUUCCAUCCCCAAAUCUCUUUCUCCUACAGUCUUUCCUUUUGUUAAUGAACACUUCAGACUUUCAGAUACUUAGACAAAAAACAUAGAGUCAACGUUUUCUCUCCUUCACAUCUCAUCUCAGCAAAUUUUAUAGACUCUGCCUUCAAAAAUAUACAGAAUCCAAUCCCUUGUCAUCACUUCUGCCAUACUCAUCUAAAUUUCUGCAUUUCUUGCCAAGAUAAUUGCUAUCAACUCCUAAUAAUUUUUUCUAGUUCCACACAUUCCCCUGAUGUAUUCUCAAUGUAGCAGCCAGAGAGAGCCUGCAAAAGUGCAAAUUUGAUCAUGCUGUUCUUCUGCUCCAGAUUUUUCAGUGGCUUCUCAACUCAUUCAGAGUAAGGCCAAAAUCCUUACGAAGUCCUAUAAUCAUUUGAAUGAUCUGAUUUGGUCUGCCUGUCUGUCCUAAAACACCUGGCUCAUCCCAUGCUAGCAACAUUGGCCUUUGUGUCACUUCUUGAAUAUGCCAAGCAUUGCCUCAGGGACUUCAUACUUGUGUCCUUUCUUCUUGGAAUGCUCUUUCUCAGAUAUCAACACUAAACACUACCACUCCUCAAAAAAAUCACUAAAUCACUAAAUCAAUCCUGCCUUAUUUAAAGAGAAAUCUCACUUCUCUCUGCAGUUUUUAAUUUUUUUUAGAUUUUAUUUUAGUUUCAGAGUUAUAUGUGCAGGUUUGUUAUAUAAGUAAAUUGCAUGGCAUGGGAACUUGAUGUAUAGAUUAUUUCAUCACUUGGGUGAUAAGCAGAGUACCUGAUAGGUAACUUUUUGAUCCUCACCCCCCUCCUGCCCUCCGUCUUCAUGUGGGCCCUGGUGUCUGUAGUUCCCUUCUUUGUGUCCAUAUGUAUUUAAUGUUUAGCUCCCACUUGUAAGUGAGAACAUGUGGUACUUGCUUUGCUGUUUCUGUUUUACAUUCCCACCAGCAGUAUAAAAGCAUUCCCUUUCAUCACAACCUUGACAGAGUCUGUUUUUUUUGUUUGUUUGUUUGUUUUGUAAUAGGCAUUCUGAGGGGUGUGAGAGGUUAUCUCAUUGUGGUUUUGAUUUCCAUUUCUUUAAUGAUUCAUUCAUAUUGAGCAUUUUUUCAUAUGCUUGUUGGCUGUGUGUAUGUCUUCACUUGAAAAUUGUCUAUGCCUUUUAUUCAUUUUUAAACGGAGGUGUUUGUUUUUUGCUCACAAAAUCAAGUUCCUUAUAGAUUCUGAAUAGGACUUUGUCAGAUGCAUAGUUAGCAAAAUAUUUUCUCCCAUUCUGCAGGUUGUCUGUUUACUCUGUUGAUAAUUUCUUUUCUUGUGCAGAAGCUCUUUAAUUUAAUUAAGUUUCAUUUAUCAAUUUCUGUUUUUGUUGCAAUUGCUUUUGGCACCUUUGUCAUGAACUCUUUGCCAGGUCCUAUGUCCAGAAAGGUAUUUCCUAGGUUAUUUUUCUUUUUACAGUUUUAGGUUUUACAUUUUAGUAUUUAAUCCAACUUGCUUUGAUUUUUGUAUAUGUAUAAGGAAAGUAUCCAGUUUGAAUCUUCUGCAUGUGACUAGCCAGUUAUCUCAGCAUUAUUUGUUGAAUAGGGGGUCUCUCCCCAUUGCUUGUUUUUCUUAACUUUGUUGAAGAUCAGAUGGCUGUAGGUGGGUGGCAUUAUUUCUGGGCUCUCUAUUCCAUUUCCUUGGUCUAUGUGCCUGUUUUUGUACCAUUGCCAUGCUGUUUUGGUUACUGUUGCCUUGUAGUGUGGUUCAAAGUUAGGUAAUGUGCCUCCAGCUUUGUUCUUUUUCCUUGGGAUUACCAUGGCUAUUUGGGGUCUUUUUUUUUUUUUUUAUUCCAUAUGAACUUUAAAAUAGUUUUUUUCUACUUUGGUGAAGAAUGUCACUGGUAGUUUGUCAGAAAUAGCAUUGAAUCUGUAAAUUGCUUUAGGCAGCAUGGGCAUUUUAGCAGUAUUGAUUCUUUCUAUCCGUGAGCCCGGAAUCUUUUUCCACUUGUCUGUGUCAUAUUUGAUUUCUGUGAGCAAUGUUUUGUAAUACUCUUUGUAGAGAUAUUUCACCUCCCUGGUCAGCUGUAUUCCUCUAUAUAUUGUAUUCCUUUGCUGCUAUUGUGAAAGGGAUUGCUUUCUUUAUUUGUCUCUGUUUGGAUGUUGUUGAUAUAUAGAAAUGUUACUAAUUUUUGUAUCCUGAGAAUUUGCUGAAUUUGUUUGUAAGAUCAAGGAGAUUUUGGGCAAAUACUGUUGGGAUUUCUAGGUAUAGGAUUAUAUUGUCUGCAAACAGGGAUAGUUUGACUUCUUCUCUUCCUAUUUAGAUGACUUUUAUUUCUUUCUGUUGCCUGAUUGCUUUGGCCAGGACUUCCAGUAAUUGAUUAAGAGUGGUGAGAGAAGAUAUCCUUGUCUUGUUCCUAUCUUCCAGGGGAAUACUUCCAGUUUUGCUCAUUCGGUAUGAUGUGGCUUUGUUUGUCAUAGGUGGUGCUUAUUAUUGUGAAGUAUAUACCUUCAAUUCCUAGUUUGUUGAGAGUUUUUAAUGUGAAGAGAUGUUGAAUUUAUUGAAAGCCUUUUCUGCAUCUAUUGAGAUGAUAAUGUGAUUUUUGUUAAUUAGUUCUGCUUAUGUGAUGAAUCACACUUAUUGAUCUGCAUAUGCUGAAACAACCUUGUAUGUUAGUGAUAAAGCCUACUUGAUUAUGGUGGAUUAGCUUUUUGAUGUGCUGCUGGAUUCAGUUUGCUAGUAUUUUUUGAGUACUUUUUCAUCUGUGUUUAUUAAGGAUAUUGGUCUGAGGUUUUCUUUUUUUUGUUGUGUGUCUGAAAAGUUUAGGUAUUAGGGUGCUGCUGGCUUUAUAGAAUGAGUUAUGGAGGAGUCCCUUUUCCUCAGUUUCUUAGAAUAGGUUCUGUAUAAAUCAUACCAGUGCUUUGUUAUACAUUUGAUAGAAUUCAGCUGUGAAUCUGUCUGGUCCUGGGCUUUUUUUGGUUAGCAGGCGUCUUAUUACUGAUUCAAUUUUGGAACUCAUCAUCAGUUUAUUUAGGGAUGCAAUUUCUUCCUAGUUCAGUCUUGGAGGUUGUAUAUGCCCAGGAAUUUAUGCAUUUCUUCUAGGUUUUCUAGCUUGUAUGCAUAGAGGUGUUGAUAGUAGUUUGUGAAGGUUGUUAGCAUUUCAGUGGGGUCAGUGGUAAUGUCCCCUUUGUCAUUUCUGAAAGUGUUCAUUUGUAUAUUCUCUCUUUUUUCUUUAUCAUUGUGGCUAGUGUUCUAUCUAUCUUAAUUAAAAAAAAAAAAACUCCUCAGCCCACUGAUCUUUUGUAUGAUUUUAUGCAUUGCAAUUUCCUUCACUUCAGCUCUGAUGUUGGUUAUUCCUUGUCUUCUGUUAGCUUUGGCAUUGCUUUGCUCAUGGUUGUCUAGGUCUUUUUGUUGGGAUGUUAGGUUGUUAAUUUGAGAUCUUUCUAACUUUUCAAUGUGGGCAUAUAGUGCUACAAACUUUCCUCUUAACACUGCCUUAGCUGUAUCCCAGAAAUUCUGGUAUGUUGUAUCUUUUUUCUCAUUAGUUUCAAAGAAUUUCUUGGUUUCUGCCUUAAUUUCAUAUGUACCCAAAAUUUGUUCAGGAGAGGGUUGUUUAAUUUCCAUGUAAUUAUAUGGUUUUAAGCUAUUGUCUUAGUAUUUACUUACAUUUUUAUAGGGCUGUGGUCCAAGAGCGUGACUGGUAUAUUUUUUGUUGUUUUGUAUUUGCUAGGAAUUGUUUUAUGUUAGAUCGUGUGGUUCAUUUUAGAUUACAUGCCAUGUGCAGAUGAGAAGAAUGUGUGUUCUGUUCUUUUGGGGUGAACUGUUCUGUGGUGGUCUAUUAGGUUCAUUUGGUCAAGUGUUUAGUUCAGAUUCUGAGUACCUUUGUCAGUUUUCUGUCUUGAUCAUCUGUCUAAUGCUGUCUGUGGGGUGUUGAAUUCUCCCACUAGUGUUGUGUGUUUAUCUAAGUCUUUUCAUAGGUCUCUAAGAACUUGCAUUAUGAAUAUGGGUGUUCCUAUGUUGGCUGCAUAUAUAUUCAGAAUAGUUAGGUCUUCUGGUGAAUUGAGUCUUUUACUUUACAUAAUGCCCUUCCUUGUCUUUUUUGAUCUUUGUUGAUUUAAAGACUUUUUUUUUAUGCAAUUAGAAUAGUAACUCUGGUUUUUUUUUUCUGUUUUUUAUUUGCUUGGUAGAUUUUUCUUCAUUCCUUUACUUCGAGCCUAUGCAUAUCAUUACACGUGAGAUGGGUCUCUUAAGGACAGCAUACCAUUAGGCUAUGCUUUUUUAUCCAACUUGCCACUCUUUGCUUUUUAACUGGGGCAAUUAGCCUUUUUACAUUCGAGGUUAGUGUUGAUAUGUGAAGAUUUGAUUGUUUCAUCAUGUUGUUAGCUGGUUAUUAUGCAGAUUGGGUUGUGUGGUUACUUUAUAGUGUUACUGGUCUAUGUACUUAAGUGUAUUUGUGUUGUCAGUAAAGAUCUUUUCUUUCCAUGUUUAGUACUCCCUUCAGGACCCCUUGUGAGGCACGGCUGGUGGUAAUGAAAUCCCUUAGCAUUUGCUUGUCUGAAAAGAUCUUAUUUCCCCUUCACUUAUGAAGCUUAGUUUGGGUGGAUACGAAAUUCUUGAUUAAAAAUUCUUUUUAAAAAACAAAACUGCUGAAUGUAAGCCCCCAUUCUCUUUCUGUUUGUAGGGCUUCUACUAAAAGGUCCAUUGUUAGCCUGAUGGGGUUCCCUUUGUAGGUGAUCUGUCCUUUCUCUUCCAGUUGCCUUUAGCAUUUUUUCUUUUAUUUUGAGCUUGGAGAAGCUGAUGACUAUGUGCCUUGGGGAUGGUCUUCUUGUGAGUUUUUAGUUCAGUCAGAUCAGUUUGGUUCCUUCGUUGAUUCUUUCCCCAGCUUGCUCAAUUAUGCCGUGAAUACUUUCCAUUGUGUUCUGAAAUUCUUGAUGUUAGUUUUUCAGUUCUGUCAGAACACUUUUUUUUUUUUUAAAAUAACCAUUUUGUAUUUCAACUUCUGCAUCAUUUUAUUGCAUUCCUUAGAAACUUUGGAUUUGGUUUUUACUUUCUCCUGAAUCUCAUUGAUCUUCAUUCCCAUCCAUAUUCUGAAUUCUAUUUCUGUCAUUUCUGACUUUUCAGCCUGGUCAAGAACCAUUGCUGCUGAACUAGUGUGGUUGUUUGGAGUUAAGAAGACAUUCUCUGGCUUUUCGUGUUGCCAGAGUUCUUGUGCUAAUUCUUUCUCAUCUGUGUGGGCUGAUGUUCCUUGAAUCUUUGAAAUUGCUGUACUUUGGAUGGGUUCUUUUUUUUUCUUUUAUCUUCUUUGAUACCCUUGGGGGUUUGAUUUCGGAAUAAGGUGGGUUUCAUUUACUAGCUUUGUUUAUGGUAGAUUUUGGGGGUGCCAAGGAUCAGCUCAGCACUCCCGUGCUGAAUGCUCUAACUCUGGGAGGCUAGUAUUGGGCCCCUGGCUUUGCUCUCUUUCCCCUCAAGGUUGGGAAUCUGCUAUGCUGGAAGGGCUAUUGUGUUCCUGGAUUGCUGGUUACGAUACUCUGAAGGAUGGUGCCAGCCUAAGCACUUUGUUGGGCAGCGGCAUUGUGGCUCAUCCUUGUUCACACAUGCCAGCAGCAUCAGUAGUGUGGCAGAGUACACACUCGUAGACCGGGGUGGGGUGCAGGUGGAUCCAAGGCUGCUAGCCUCUAUAUGGACAUUGGCAGUAGCCUAAAUUCAUCUUUAUGCAUGAGAAUAUUCAUUUUGUCUAGCAUCAUUUAUUGAUAAAAAUGAUUCUUAUUUAAUUGAAAUGGUAUGGUUUUUGAAAUUAGCUGAUAAUAAAUGUUGUUACUAAUUUGUGGACUCUUAAUUGUGUUUCAUUAUUCUUGUCUAUAGUAUUAAAAAUGCCAGUGUCCUGAUGAUUAGUCCAGCUUUUAGCAAACUUUGAAAUGAGAAACUGUAAUCCCCCUUUUUGUUCUUUUUAAAUUAUUUCUCUAGGUGCUCUUGUCACUUGGCAUUUCCAGAUACAUUUUAGGAGUAGUUUUUUAUUGUCUACCAAAAAAGCCCGCCAAAAUUUGAUAGAGAUUGCAUUAAAUAUAUAAGUUGACUCUUCACCUAUACAGACUCUCCUUGUGCUGGAUUUUAGUUUAGCUGGCCCUCCUUGUUUGCACAGCUCUCCGAUGAACUGAAAAUAUAAUUUUGGCCUUUUAUUUAUC